GUAUCAAAAGGGGCACUGCGUAAAAUUAAGACUACAUGAUAAAAAAUUCAGAAUUUAAUGUAUACCACCUCCCAAAUCCUGUUUUUGGCGAGGACGAUUUGAGGGACUUCCUUCUGGACUCGAGGGUGCGAGGGUAUACUUCAAGAAAAUCCUAACUGUACUCAACUGCUCGCCGGCGAUGUCAAUGGACUAAACAUAUGAUCAAUCAGCUUUCCUUGAAAGAAAUCGUUACAAGGGAUAUCUCUACUAAUAACGGGAACUUUGGCGAUAAAUGUUAGGGAACAACGGAGUGUUUUAAUGGGGAAGGGAGGGAAAAAAAUGCAAUACAUCCCAAUUGGGAAGCCCUCUCCUACGCCUUGGAAGGUCGUGCGGCUGAAUCGUGGAAUCGAGGCUAAGUUUGAGAGACUAAAAAGAAUGGCGACUGUACUGAGAAGUGUAAAAGAAAUCGCACUGCGCGCAAUAGACAACUUUGCGCCCGAACUUUUUCAGCUCAACCAAAAGAUUUGGAGAAAUCCAGAACUUGGUUACGAGGAAAAGUACGCGCAUGAGCUGCUGACCACAUUCUUCAGUGAAAAAGGCUUCGAGGUGACAAAGCAUCACACACUCGACACCGCGUUCCGCGCCUCGAGUGGUCUUUGUAAAAGGCGAGUUGUCGGGCUUAUUUGUGAGUAUGAUGCGUUACCGGGUAUAGGACAUGCCUGUGGACAUAACCUUAUAUCUGAGGUUGGAGUGGGGGCUGCCUUGGGUUUAAAGGCAGCACUUGAAGGAUCAAACCAGGACUUGGGUAAAGUAGUGGUUCUGGGCACUCCAGCAGAAGAAGGUGGGGGUGGAAAAAUUAAAAUGAUUGAGAAUGGUUGCUUUGAUGAGGUGGAUUUUUGCUUGAUGGCCCACCCAAAACCUUUCAACUGUGUCUAUCCAACAUGCUUAGCGAUGCAAGAUGUUCGAGUAUUGUUCCAUGGAGUAUCAUCUCAUGCUAGUGCCUUUCCAUGGGAGGGAGUCAAUGCAUUAGAUGCUGCGGUUAUGGCAUACAAUGCUCUGAGUGUACUGCGACAACAGCUGAAACCAUCCUGGCGUCUUCAUGGUGUUAUAACAGAUGGAGGAGCAAAGCCUAACAUAAUUCCUGAAAAGGCUUCAUUAGCAUAUUAUGUGAGAGCUCCAACUGAGAAAGAACUAGGCAGUCUUCGUGGGAAAGUGCACAGAUGUUUUGAGUCUGCAGCCCAGGCAACCGGUUGCACUGUGGACAUAGACUGGAAUUCUGUGUUUUAUUCUAAUGUGGCAACUAACGAGCAUUUAGCAAAGCUGUACCAACAGAAUGCAGAGGAACUUGGCUUGACUUUCCCAUCACGAGAGGAACAGGCCAAAGCAGCUGUUGGGUCCACAGACAUGGGCAAUGUGUCACAUGUAAAACCAUCCAUUCAUCCUUUCUUUGACAUUGAAACAUCUGCUGCUAAUCAUACUCAUGAAUUCACUUUGGCAUCAGCGACAAAGGAAGCCCACUCAAGGGCAGUUAUUCAAGCUAAAGUUUUGGCCAUGAUGGCUUUAGAUGUCUUGUACAAUGAUCAAGUUUGGGAAUCAGUUGUGACAGACUUUGAGAAAGAUCAUGGAAGGAUGAAACCUCGGGUGACAUGAUCUAUGUUCAGAGAUAGGUUAAUCAUUUAAUGAGCAGGCCAAAAACUCUUGUGUACUGAUGGGUCACAGUUAAAUCGUCUAAAGUAGCUGCAAAUAAACAAACUCUAUCUUUUAACCUCUCUUAAGUUGAUAGUUCUCCUAGGUCGAAACUUUUUCUUAACCCAAUGGUGUUCAGUUACAGUAAGUCUAACCAUACUGCAUCCUGUUACACGCUCCCAGAUAGUGUGUAAAACGCCAAAAUAUGGGUGAGUGGAAGGAUUAUUGGGGGCAGAUUGGCUAGGAAUGGUGGAACAAUAACAAAAACUGGAUUCUGAGUACUUAAAAAUUCAGUCAUGAACCACUCUAGCUUUAUGGGUGGUCAACUCAGUUGCUUGACGCCGAUCUUAGAAUGUGUGAUGGGAGAUAACAAUGAAAAUCAUCUAAUUAUCAUUUCAGGCUUUUUUUCUUUGAAAACAAAUUAUGUAAAUGUAAGCCUACAAUAUACAAUAGCAAUGUUGUCAACUUUUCUUGGGGUACAGGUGGUGUGCUAUUAAGUGUAAAUUUUGUGCCAAAUUCUUGUCAUACUUGAAAUAAAAUUGUGCAUAGCAUUGAUAUUUA